GCUCCUCGGGACUGAGCCGUGACUGAGGAUGAAGCUCGCUCGUGUUUGGAUCGCAGCCCUCUGAGUAUCAUCCAUCUCUCUCUCCCGUCAUGCACCGCGUUGUUAUUGUCUGGACAAACCGUCAUGGCGGCUGCAGGCUGCGUCCUGCUCAGGACUCUGCGCCGGUCCAGACCCGGUCCGGGACCGGACUGGACCCGAGACAGACCCAGUGGAAGACCGGACCGGCCCAGGGACACACCCGGUCUCUCGCAGGCGUCUCCGGUCCUCUGCAGAGACGUCCUGCGAGUGUUGGACCUGCGGCGGUACACCAGAGACCAGGGGUCCAGCGUCUACUUCCCCGAGGCUGUCCUCUGUGGGGACGACCUGUAUGACGUCACCUUGACGGACGGGGACUGCAGGCUGCAGGUGACUCUGGAUCCUGGACUCAACCGGCUGGUGGAGAGACGCGUCCUGCGUCCCGGACGCGCUCUGUACAGCUCCGCCUUCAGCCCCGCCCUCAGCGCCCAGCUCCCAGCAUGCCCAGGGGCGGGCGGGGACGCGGACAGCUUCAGGCUGGUGAGCGUGGAGCUGAGGGACGAGGCGGAGGACGGAGGACGCCCCGGGACGGACGGGGACUGGGACGAGCUGCCCUGGUUCGGGUCCUGUCCGCCUGCGGGGCCUCUGGCUCCUCUGAGAGCCAAUCGGAGCGUCUUCCUGCCGCUGUGGAACAACGUGGACCCCAGCGGGGACGCCUGGACACAGGCCCCGCCCCCCGAGGACCGCCCGGACCCGGAGGAGGACCGCCCAGGAGGACGCCCCGUCCUCAGCGUGUCCCGGCUCAGGGACGACUUCCUGUCCGGGCGCCGCCGCCUCACCCGGGGGACGGUGGACCGUCAGCUGAUCGUCCGCAUCCUCAACAAGUCCCGCCUCCUGUACUUCGGGAAGACGGACAGGAACUGCGCCUGUCCUUAUAAGGCCUUGCUGGAGGUGUGUGACCCUACAGGGUGUGUGUGUGUGGUGUUGUGGAACAGUGUGUGUGUGCGUUGGUUCUGCCGCCUGCAGCCUGGUGACAUCAUCAGCCUGCGCCGCUACCGAGUGAAGCUUCGCUACGCGGCGGGUUCUGAUGACAUCGAGCUGAGUGCCAACAGCAGGAACCCGCACACCCACAUCUCCCUGCUCCCACAAUCCUCUGUUUCCCCCGCCCACCUGCCGGCUCCGCCCACCUACACCUUCUGCAACAGUCAGGAGCUGCUGGACCGUCGUCAUGGCGAUGUGUGUGAUGUCAUCGGCCUGCUGACCUUCUCAGGACGAUCGGAGCGAAUCAGGAGCGAGGACGGCCGGGAGGCGGGGCUUCUGGAGUACCGCUGGCUACGAUUGGAGGACGGAGCCAGUGACCAGCCAAUCAUGGUGAAGCUCUUCUCCACCUCUCAGCCUGACGUCCACCAGCAGCUGCUGCCGAUGUCGGUGGUGGUCUGCUGCAGACUGAAGGUGGUCCACUGUCCCCCGUCCUGCUUCCUGACCAACACCACCUUCACCCAGGUGUACUGCACAGGUCACCACUCCCAGAUGCCUUACCGGAAGCUCCGCCCCGUCCGGAGCUUCCUGCGGUGGCUCCGCCUUCAGGACGACCAGCAGGUGCUGCGCCGCGCUCUGAUUGGAGGAUUCUUCGUAUUCCCGCCUCCUCCGGUCUCCUUGGAAACGCUGAUGCAGAGCAGUGGAGGUGACCUGGGCUUCCUGCGAGGGGCGGAGCUUCAGAGGGUCGUGGAGACGCUCUGUUACCGGGAGCGACGGACCCUGUGCAUCCAGGCCACGGUUACCAUGGUUACCUGCGGCGGCGGAGGAGAGGACGUCCGCUCCUGGGCCUGGACGGACAGAAACUCGUCCAUCGGCCCCGUGUCCUCCUGCUCCCCCCUCCCCCCGUCCAGACCCCCGUCCUCUCUGUCCUCCUGCUGCCGGGUGUCCUUAUCCUCACCGUCCUCAGCGCACAGUCCAAGGACGCCUCGCAGAUCAAGCGUCUUGAAGAGGAAGCGGCUGUUCUCGGCAGCUGAGGCUUCCAGGUGUCCGUGGGUCCCGCUGCAGCAGGACAGCAGGAGGACAGCGCUCUUUGAGGCCUCCAUGGAGUUCCUGCACCGAGAGGACGAGGACGAGGACGAGGACGAGGACGAGGACGACGCGUCCUCCUUCGUCUCCGCCCCCCUUCCGCCUGUCAUUCCACCCGUUGCCGUGGAGACGCUGCCAGUGCGUUACGACCACGCCCUCAGGGAGCAGCAGGCUGCUGCCAUGGCAACGGGAGGACGGAGGGGGGACGACAGGAAGUUUGUGUCUGUCCUCAAGGACUACUACACACUGAGACUGAGAGCUCUCUCAGACGGUGUGUCCGUCCACUCCGUCUUCGUCCCUCAGCCGUCGUCCUUCUGUCACUCUAACACCUGGACCUCCAUUCUAUCCCACGGAGCCUUCAGCUCAGACUCACCGCCGCCCUCCGCAGCUGAUCUGGUCACCAUGGCGCCCCAGCUGGCCAAUCAGAGGCUGGUGUGUGUCCUGGAGGCGUGUCAUUUGGGCGGAGCCUCUACGGAGCUGGUCCUGAGCCGAGCCUUCCGUCUCAGCUGACCCCCAGUCCUGCUGCCCCCCAUCCCAGUCCUCUGACCCCAUCCCAGUCCUGCUGCCCCCCAUCCCAGUCCUGC